UUAGAGUUGCCCCACGCAAGAUUCUCUCAUAUAUAGAUAUACCUCCAGCUCCAUUAUGUCUGAUCAUUAUGGUUUCUUGAAGUGUCAGGAGCUCAGCAAAAUUUCUUAUUCCCGUCCCUAUUUCUUAUUCCCAAUUGGUUCCACCUUUGAUCUAUCUGGUGAGUGAAAAAAAUUCAAAUGUUCAUUUCACUUGCUCUUUUCCAUAGCUUCUUGGUCAUCAGUUUCAUAAUCUCAUAUCAUAUUCGAGUUUCUUGCAACUCAAGAAUCUGAGCAAGUCCUGUUAGAUACAGGCUGUUUUCAUGGAUACCCUCUUUGAUAGAUUUUCUGGUCCCAUAGAGGGAUUUUAUUUUGGCCAUGACCCAACUUCAAUCACUUUCAAUCCAAAUCUUGCAAACAAGUGCAAAGUAACUCAGGAAUCCACCAAUACACUUAUCCAUCCAGCCAACUUAGACCAUCCAAGUGAUUUGAGUACGUCUUUGAGCCCAGCUUCUGAGGAAGAAACUGUUGAUGUUAGUUACUCCAACAAUCCUGUUAUCAAGUACAUAAGUGAUAUUCUUCUGGAUGAAGUCCUGGAGGACGAGAGCUGCAUGCUGCAGGACUAUUUGGCCGUCCAAGCUGCUGAAAAAUCUUUCUAUGAUGUCCUUAAUCCAAAUGAUCCUCAUUCACCCAACAAGGCUUCUCUUGGUGAAUCGUUUUCAGAUACUCUUUUGGUUUCAGAUUCACUUUUUGAGAGCCAGAGUCUUGGAAAUUUCGGAAAUGUUGGGGAGGCAAACAAGUUCCUUCCUAAUGGGGAAUUCGAUAUCAUUGACAAGGAGAGGUACGAAUUACUGCCUGUAGCACGUUCUAACCUGGUGAAAGGGAAUCUGGCAUCCGAUAAAAAAAAUGAUGUGAACAACCCAACAGAUGGUAUGAAGGGAAAGAAAAAUCAUCACAGAGAGGAUGGAUAUUAUCCAGAGGAAGGGAGAAGCAGCAAGCAGUCAGUUGUUUCUGCUGAUGACUCUGAGCCUCAAGAAAUGUUUGAUAAGGUGUUACUCUGUCAAGCUGAGCAUCAUCAUCGGAAGUGGGAAUCUUGCACGCCUCAUUGUUCUAUGAAAAGGGAGGAGACAGAGCAGUUGCAGCAAAACAGGCAGCCUAAAGGAUCUGAAACAAAUCGUUCAAAGCGACAAAAUAAAGAUGAGGAAGGAGUAGAUUUGACCACCAUGCUAAAUCAAUGUGCACAAGCCGUGGCAAGCUAUGAACAAGGAACGGCUAGUGAACUACUGAAGAAGAUAAGGCAGCACUCCUCCCCCCAUGGACAUGCAACUCAGAGAUUAGCUCACUACUUUGCCAAUGGCCUAGAGGCGCGGCUUACUGGUGUCGGAACCCCAUCAUUUGCACCUCUCUUUAGUAGGCAGACAUCAGCCGCUGAAUACCUACUAGCUUACCAGGUAUAUACUACUUCAUGCCCUUUCAAGAUGAUGUCACAAUUAUUUGCCAACAGAACAAUCAUGAAGCUAGCAAAAAAUGAAACAAGGCUUCACAUUAUUGAUUUUGGUAUUUCUUUUGGUUUCCAAUGGCCCUUCCUUAUCCAACAUCUCUCCGAGAGACCGAAUGGACCUCCCAAGUUACACAUCACAGGAAUUGAGCUUCCACAACGUGGUUUUCGACCUAGAGAAAGGGUUGAAGAGACCGGGCAUCGCCUAGCAAGGUAUUGUGAAAAGUUCAAUGUCCCGUUUGAGUACGAUGUCAUUGCUCAAGGAUGGGAAACCAUACAAUGUGAGGAUCUUAAAAUUGACCGAAACGAACUGGUAGUGGUCAAUUGUCUGAACCGGUUAAAGCACAUACAUGAUGAGACGGUGAUGGAGAACUCUCCGAGAGAUACUGUCCUGAAUUUGAUCAAGAAUAUAGAUCCCGACCUUUUCAUUCAUGGGAUUGUCAAUGGGACGUACAAUACACCCUUCUUUGCCACACGGUUCAAAGAGGCACUCUUGCACUACUAUGCCCUGUUUGAUAUGUUUGAAGCAACUGUUCCUCGUGAAGAUGAACGGCGGAUGAUUAUCGAGAGAGAAAAAUGUGGUAGAGACAUAAUGAAUAUCGUAGCAUGCGAGGGAGUGGAAAGGUUUGAAAGACCUGAGACAUAUAAGAAAUGGCAGAUCAGGAAUGUGAGGGCUGGGUUGAAGCAGCUCCCGUUGGACCAGGAGGAGUUGAAGAAAGUGAGGAAGUUGUAUAAUGGUUAUCAUAAUGAUUUUAGAGUUGAAGAAGAUGGGCAGUGGAUACUGCAGGGAUGGAAAGGAAGGAUCCUCCGGGCUCUUUCACUUUGGACUCCUGCCUAGGUCCUAGGACCUUAAGUUUCACUAUGUUAUGCUAAACUACUGCGUCAUGUUGUCCUAGAAGAAAGUUUUUGAGGAUUGUGUGUCUUAUUAGCAAUUUUGUAUUAAAUGUUUUCUAGCAAAUUGACAUGAUAUGAAUCCCAUCACAUUUGUACAGAGAAUAACAACGAGCAACAGGAAUGCUGACUCUGAAUGAAAAGCUAUAUAAGAUAUACAAAUUACCAAUAGCAUUAUGUAUUCC